CGCGGGUCCUCACACUCUCUCGCAAACGCAAAGCUCCGAUUAGGGGGGCCAUGGAGAAGGGGGGCCAUCAAUGGCGGCGCCUCCACCUGCUGCUCGCGCUCGCGGGUUGGGGAUGGGGAUGGACAGCGCAAGCAUUGCCGUCAAACAGGAGCGCGCUGCUCCUGGCCCAGCGGAUCAACGAACGCGAGGGCCCGUUUCUAGGUCUGGUUGUGCCCACGAGCUUCGAGAUGGAUGCCAUUCGCCAGCAAACCAUCUUCGCCCCGCACCCCUACAUUCCCUGGCUCGACCUCGCCGGGCGACGCUUCCACAUUGGAACAAUUCAAGGUCACAAAGUCGUUCUUGUGCAGUCUGCCUCGGCAAUGCUCAAUGCAGCGAUCACCACGCAGCAACUGCUCGACUUUUUCGAUAUCAACGGAGUGCUUCACUACGGCAUUGCUGGAAGCGCAAAUGAUUCCCUGACCAUCGGAGACAUAAGCAUUCCAAAAUACUGGGCUCACACAGCCUUGUGGAAUUGGGAGAAGUUUAGUAACGGAUCGGGUCACCUCUUGUCAUCAGGACCAAACGGAGAUUUCACGCAGGAUCUGGGACACCUCCACUUCAGCGACUUCGCGUACCCAAACAAUGGCCACAGCCAGAAUCUACUCACCAGCGUCUGGAGUCAACCCGAAGACGUCUUGAAAGUCAGCGGGACUCCCGAAGUGCGCAGCCGAGCGUUUUGGGUGAGAGUGGACAAGCGUUUCUACAAAGCCGCGAAAACUCUCGAGGGUAUGGAGCUCACGUCGUGCUUCAAUGCGACAACAUGCCUGAGCAUUAGACCCAAAGUCGUGGUGGGUCUCAGGGGAGCAAGCUCCAACAUCUUCGUCGACAACGCUGCGUAUCGCCAGUUCAUGUUCCAAACCUUUCGAGUCUCCUCGGUAGACAUGGAAUCUGCUGCUGUAGCUCUGGUUUGCUACUCCAACGAGGUGCCUUUCAUCGUCAUAAGGUCCAUAUCGGAUUCAGCCGGGAACGCGGAAGGAGCAAACGAGGUGUCGGCGUUCAAGAACCUCGCGUCGCUCAACGCUGUCAAGGUCCUCACGCAGUUCCUCAAGGCCCUGCCCAAGCAAGAUUCGCCCCACGACCAGGGAAUGAUUCUCAUGUAGAAAAGAUGCUCUAGGUACUUGGAAUUUUAAAGACGUUGUCAACGGUCACUUUCCCUGCC